AUGGCUUCCAACGCAACUAGCUUCACCUCGCCUCUGGCCAGCGCCAAGCUUGGCACCAUCGCCGUCCCUCCCCAGCUCGAAUACGUUAUCGAUACCAUCUCCAAGGCGAGCGGCUGGACUAUUGUAUUUACUCUUCUUGCUGCUCUUGUAGCUUGGGAUCAGAUCAAGUAUGUCCUCAACAAGGGCUCAAUCGCUGGCCCAGCAUGGAAGAUUCCCUUCAUCGGACCCUUCUUGGAAUCCAUUGACCCCAAAUUCGAGGAAUACUAUGCCAAGUGGUUGAGCGGUCCUCUCAGCUGCGUUUCCGUCUUCCACAAGUUCGUCGUCAUUGCCUCGACUCGCGAUAUGGCCCGUAAGGUCUUCAACAGCCCCGGUUAUGUCAAGCCCUGUGUCGUCGAUGUCGCCCACAAGCUGCUCGGCGCCGAUAAUUGGGUUUUCCUCGAUGGUCCCGCCCACGUCGAGUUCCGCAAGGGUCUCAACGGCCUCUUCACUCGCCGCGCUCUCGAGAUCUACCUCCCCGGACAGGAGGAGGUGUACAACCGCUACUUCAAGACCUUCCUCGACAUCACCAAGAACGCCGGCGGAAAGCCCGUUCCCUUCAUGCCCCACUUCCGUGAGGUCAUCACUGCUGUCUCUUGCCGUUCCUUCGUCGGCCACUACAUUUCUGAUGAGGCUGUCAAGAAGAUUGCCGACGACUACUACCUCAUCACCGCCGCUCUCGAGCUUGUCAACUUCCCCAUCAUCAUUCCCUACACCAAGACGUGGUAUGGCAAGAAGGCGGCUGAUAUGGUCCUCGCCGAGUUCGCCAAGUGCGCUGCGAAGAGCAAGGUCCGCAUGGCUGCUGGAGGCGAGGCUACCUGCAUCAUGGAUGCCUGGAUCAAGCAGAUGAUUGACUCCAAGAGGUGGCGCGAGGCCGUGGCCAGCGGUAACACGGAGGGUGUGGAGAAGCCCACUCACCUGCUCCGCGACUUCACCGACUACGAGAUCUCCCAGACCAUCUUCACCUUCCUCUUCGCUUCCCAGGACGCCACCAGCUCCGCCGCUACUUGGCUCUUCCAGAUUAUGGCUCAGCGCCCUGAUGUCCUCGACCGUGUCCGUGAGGAGAACCUCAAGGUCCGCAACGGUGAUAUCCACGCCCCUCUCAACAUGGAGCAGCUCGAGUCCAUGACCUACACCCGUGCCGUUGUUCGUGAGCUCCUCCGCUACCGCCCUCCUGUGCUCAUGGUCCCCUACCUCGUCAAGAAGCCUUUCCCCAUCAGCGAGGAUUACACCGUCCCCAAGGGCUCCAUGGUUAUUCCCACCACCUACAUGGCUCUCCGCGACCCCGAGGUCUACCCCAACCCUGACUACUUUGACCCCGAGCGUUACUACUCUGGUGACGCCGAGGCCAAGGGUGCCAAGAACUAUCUCGUUUUCGGUGUCGGUCCUCACUACUGCCUCGGUCAGCAGUAUGCUCAGCUCAACCUCGCCCUUUUCGUCGGCAAGGCCUCUCUUCUCCUCGACUGGAAGCACCACCCCACUCCCCUAUCUGAGGAGAUCAAGGUGUUUGCCACCAUCUUCCCCAAGGAUGACUGCCCCCUCACUUUCGAGGAGCGCAAGUGGUAA